AUGGUUUGGAUUACGAUUGAUCCAAGGACACCAUUAGAUAGAGGUCGUCGAGUUGUACUUGGAACCCUGCUGGAACGGUUGGAACGCGCCCCUGAACGAAUAAUGGCAGGUUUUAGUAACCAACUGUAUAGUGAAAAUCUGGUAUUUUGAGAUUUUCUCACCAUUGGUUUGGAUUACGAGUGAUCCAAGGACACCAUUAGAUAGAGCUCGUGGAGUUCUACUUGGGACCCUGCUGGAACGGUUGGAACGCGCUCCUGAACGAAUAUGGGCAGGUUUUAGUAACCAUAUGUAUAGUGAAAAUCUGGUAUUCUGAGAUUUUCUCACCAAUGGUUUGGAUUACGAUUGAUCCAAGGACACCAUUAGAUUGAGCUCGUGGAGUUGUACUUGGAACCCUGGUGGAACGGUUGGAACGCGCGCCUGGACGAAUAUGGGCGGGUUUUAGUAAGUAGGUUUGGUUUUUCCUAUUGAAAAAGUGCAGUAUUUUGGAUUUUUCUCAGGAUUGGUUUGGUCUAUGGAAAAUUCAAAGUUACCAUUAGAUAGAGCUCGUUGAGUUCUACUUGGAACGCUGAUUGGUACACUUGGAACGCUUUCCUGAGCGAAUAUGCGAAGGAUUUACUCGAAUAUGGUGCUAACUUCACCUACGUACCUAUAAAAUAGAUAAUUUUGGAAAAAAAUCGAAAAUUUUGAAACAAAACGUUCUCUAUCGACAAUUAGUACAGAUCUUUUGGAAUUUCUAUGUGAUAUAAAUCGAUGACGAAGCGUACUGUUGAAUUAGAUAGGUUUCAAAAGAUUCAUUAGAACUUUUUAAAUUACAAAUGUAAAUGCAGACAGUUGAUCUUGAAGCCAUCGUUAGGCAGAUGGACAGCAAUGAAGAACAAAAUUAAUAUGUGCAUUAUAAACCUUAACUCAUGAUAAGUUGAAACAGUAUCUAUUACGAAUUAAGUGCCUUCAGAAGUUAUUAAGCGGGUGUGGGUGAGUGUGGGUGUGAGUGUGGGUGUGGGUGUGGGUGUGGGAUGUGGGCGUUGGUGUGGGUGUGGGUGUAGGUGUGGAUGUAAAUGUUAGGAAGAGAACGAUACCCACACCUACACCCACACCCACCCACACCUACCCCACACCCACAUCCACCCACACCCACCCCACACCC